CUGGGUUUUUCAGUUGACUAACGGAGGUUCUUGUAAGAGCCCCAGUCGCUUCCUCUUCAGCAAUGGCUUCCUCUUCUUCGUCGUCGAAAGGCCGCUAUCACGCCGAUCGCACCAUUUUCAUUCGGCCCAUCAUGGAUAGCCUAUCGAAUCUGGAACUCCAAGUCUCUAGCUACCAGGUUUCAGAUAUAGAUGACCGUGAUCAGCCUCACAAUCAGGUCAAGAAGUUGUGCCGGGAACUCACUUACAUCAGAUCUGCCUUCUUAAAGCUCGAUUCUUUCGGGAGUCAUGUCGGGGACAGGCUGUCCCAGCUGGAAAACUGCGUCAAUGAUGUUCUCAAGGGUGGUCCCGCCUCAGCCGACCACAUUCAAUCGGAGCUUCAUCCUCUCGCCAGCAAAAUCGCCGAUUUGAAAGCCCUGCUUCUUCUGUUGCCCCAAGUGAGCUCUAGUCGUCCCCAUACCAAUAAGAUAGAGCUAACUAACAAUGGGAUUUAUAGCCAUAAUAAGUUAUUUGAGCAAACUACGGACGAUGGUGGCAGUUCCCUGCAGGAGGAACUCCUUGCGGACCUAAACGAUCUAGCGAAGCAGCUCCUGCCGUAUUUCGCAGCCUUUCCGCUCGGCAAGGUCAUCAGCAAGAGAGUCCUGAAGAAUUGGUGGCUUGGAGAUGCAGAAGCUCUAUUGCGACUUCCUCCUGACGAAGCAGAGAAUAAGGCGGAUCGAGUACUCGAGGACCUGGUGUCGAGGUGUGUGAUUGAAGCAGUGAGGAAGCAGCGCAGACUGGUGGGGUUCAGGAUAUCCCAUCGUUGGGUUCACUUUGCAGUGGUUAGGUUUGCAGAGUCACAAAAGUUCUUUGCGUUCGACUCCAUGGGAAAUCCUACUAUGGAGCUGCAGACAUGGUUGCAGAGGGUGUGUUUGGUUCAGACUAAAGAUGGAAGGCCUUCUCUGGGUAACAACUACUCAAAUGCAGGUCUCGAUAAACUCGUGACCGUGUUCAAUAUAGGCGAGCCAUACCCGUACAUCAAACCAGAGUUCUUCUCUAAGGCAAAGGGUAUCAGAGUUAUCAGUCUCGGAAAGUGGCAGAUCAGCAAUGACUGCCACAUUGAAGUAGAGAGCACUGAAUUUCUCAAAGGCCGGAAGAGCUUGAGGGAUUUGAGGCUGUUCAGUCUCCGGGGUGUUUCAAGAGUGUUUGAGCUUCCUGAUGCUCUGUGCAACCUCAGCUCUUUGACAAUGCUCGACUUGAAUGCCUGCCACAGCCUCGAAGAGCUGCCCGCUGGGAUAGGCUCCCUCAAGAAUCUGAUUUAUUUGGACAUCUCAGGGUGUUACUUGCUGGAAAAGAUGCCCAAGGGAUUGGCCUCCCUCUAUGAACUCAGGGUACUCAAAGGAUUCUUGAUCAUCAACAGCACAAAUGAAUCAUCUUCUUGCAAGUUCAAGGACUUGGCAGGGUUGAAGAAACUGAAAAAGCUGAGUAUCAACGCAAACAGGAGGGAUUUCCCGGGAGAAGAUGACCUUGAUACUUUCCGUAAAUUUUGGCUAUUUCAUGGGGAGGCAAAUCCAUAUUGAAGAAGCCAGAUGGACAAGCUGUUCAAGCCAACAGUACAUCCAACCCAGAGGAGUCAGUAAUCCAAUCCGAGCAAGCUAAUAGUUCCCCAAACCCAAACCUAGAAUUACAAUCCACCGAAGCUAAUAUUCAGUCGAACACUGGGGUAAAUGCUUCAGGUCAUCUUGAAGACUCCGCAGCAGAACCAAGAAAGUCAAAUGACAACAAUCCUCUUGGUAUGAAGGAUAAUCAAGAGGGAACCACUCGUGCAGCAGAAUCAAAACCAAAACUGAGGGGUGUCAGAAAUCAAGAUACUGCCCAUGAUGUUGCUGAUGAAGAAAUAGGUCCGUGGCAAAUGGAAGGGACCAGUAAUACUGGAGAAAUAGUUGCAGAAACCGAGUCUACACGAGAAGGGGAUUCUGCCAGUGUAGUCGAUGCUGGAAAUACAGUUAAGAGAAAGGACGGUGCUGUGAAACAGGAGCCAGUCAGAGCAGUUGGUACAGGAGAUAAGGCGAAACAACCUCGGAGGACGGAGACAACAAAGAAUCCGAUUAAGAAAUUACUUUCAAAUUUAACUUUGACAAAGUCGGGAGCUGAGGCAGAUCUCAAGCAUAAUGAGAUCUUUCUGAGUUUAGAGAAGUUGAAUCUCCAAUGUUAUCCUAAGGAGACAGCUCCGGAUUGGUUGAUACCUCGGAACAUGAAGAACCUGAAAAAGUUAUACAUAGUUGGUGGUAAGCUCCGCACUCUUGAUAAAGUUCAGGGCAGCAGAGCCUGGAAAGUCGAGAUAUUACGGCUGAAGUUCUUAGAGGAGCUGGAGACAAAUUGGGAAGAUCUGCAAGCUUUGUUUCCUGAGCUGAUCUACUUGGAGAAAGUCCAACAUGAGAGGGAGAAUGUCCAACAUGAGAAGCUUACUACCUUCAAACGCAACAAGAAGAGAGAUUGGGUGGAGGAAACAAGGGACUAUGUAUUACAAUUUCACGAGGACCUACCAAUUAAGAUGGAGAUUGGUUUCAGUGAGUAGGAGGGAGGCUUCGACACACCCUCUGGCCAACUCUUUCUGCUUUGGAUGUUUCAUAUGCAAAAUAACUAGUUACAUUAGGUCUCGUGCACUGUCAGACAGACAUGGGUCACCUUUUUAACCAAACCAUAUUGAUAUUUGGCAUGAGCAAAUGUAAUUGAUUGUCGUCUUUCUUGGGUUUUCUGUAUGAGGGGUUCCCCUGAUAAUAUUCAGAGGGAUGUGUCGUAUAUUAUUAUUGACAGUAAAGAUUAGUUUGGGUCAACAGAAGCAUCGGACGCUUGAUUGUUGCUGCUGUACGAAGAUUGGAACCAUUUUUUUCUCAGUUAA